UUGUUUUCAUAAUCGUGCGCUUCUUGUUCGAUCGUUGAACGCGUGUCGACGCAUAAAAUCGUAAUUUGCAAACUGUUUUUUUGACUUCUUCGCUUUGCGUUUUGUUGUGGCAACGAUAGUGUGCAGCGGACGGUAGUCGAUAGUUGAUACUCUUGCGUCUUACAAGUUGUCUUGAGCACUCGUAUUAAUUACACCAUAAAUUGGCAGUUUAACACAAAAAUUGAAAUAUUCGAAGAAAAUUAUUGUGCAUGGAAUUCCAAUCCUUUUCGCCUGAGUGAUUUCACUCUCUACGUGAUUGCAUCAGCGGAACGAACAAAAGAAAGCAGCUCAACGUGUCACUUCCUUGAAUUACAGCAGACCAUAUAAUUUCGUACGGCAGAGUGUAUUUACGGGCAUUGUUUUUGCACGACGUUGACGUCCCACUGCAGUCCGCAGUCGUCCUCCGCAUGUAUUUCACACCUACCCACAUGCCAUGAUGCGUUACUCAGAAAUCUCUAGAGAUUUAUCAUCGGAUAGUUUGCGUUACGUUGAAUUGGGCGAGGAAUAUAUCUAUAAGAAUUUACGUGAAGAUUCACCCCGUCGUGAGACUCAUUCCAAUGGUGGCAACAGUUAUAUGGCACCACCACCAACAUACAUCUCUAACAAUCAUCACCAACACCUUGCGCAACAGCAACAACAAUCAAAUUCACAGCAGCAGCAGCAGCCACAACGUGACAAGUACACUAAUUCGAUGAGCAAUUGUGGGCAACAACCACAACAACAACACUCAACUGGUUUACGCAAUUCGAAAAAACGUUACUCAUGUGGGCGUGACGGUAGCCAUGAUGGCGCUGCUACCAUUUCCUAUAUGCGUCCUCGCAAGGACAGCACACGCUCAACGCAGAGUUGUCAAUUCGAUGCAGAACAGUUGACACAGGCAAUUGCAAGCAAGACAAUGCAUGUGAAGAGUAAUCGUCGCAAAAAUUCGAUUGGUUGCCUGAAUUCCUUGUCCUCAUCGCCGGGCUCACCCGGUUGCUACUACUGUGUUGGCGCCGCCCCACCGCCUGGCAAGAGUCAAAGUUUACCGGCUCGUUCGUCUAUGAAUAAUUUAGAUGCCGUCAUAUUGAAUGCUCUACGGGUGCCCGCUGAUGAGUUGGCCAAUCAGAUUACCUUACUGGAUUUUCCUAUUUUUGCUGCCAUCCAACCGGAUGAGUUGACCAGCUGUGCCUGGACGAAGAAGGAUAAACACAUUGUCACACCGAAUAUUGUUGCAUUUACGAAACGUUUCAAUCACACCAGCUUUUGGACUGUGCAGGAGAUAUUGAGCGGCGAGCAGCCCAAGCAACGUGCGGAAAUACUGACACAUUUCAUUAAGGUGUCGAAAAAACUGCACGAACUCAACAAUCUACACUCACUGUUUGCCAUUAUUUCCGCCAUGCAAAGUGCCAGCAUUUUUCGUUUGAAAAAGACUUGGGCCUGUCUCUCCAAAAAGGAUCGACAAGCCUUUGAACGACUGAGUGAUAUAUUCAGCGAUCAAAAUAAUUGGGAGAAUUUACGUGCCUAUUUGGAGAGUUUACGCCUGCCAUGUAUACCCUAUUUGGGUUUGUUUCUCACAGAUUUAAUCUACAUCGAUUUGGCGCAUCCCCAUAAAGGUGGACUUGAACCGGAGCAGCGACGUAAUAAAAUGAAUAAUAUUUUGCGCGUUAUUGCCAAUUAUCAACAAUCCGAUUAUAUGCAUAUACAGCCGCUUGAGGCAACACAAAAGUAUUUGACUUCGAUACGUUAUAUUGAGGAGUUGCAGAAUAUUUUCGAAGAGGAUCAAUACAAGAAAUCCUUGAAAUUGGAGCCCGCCUCACCGUCCGGUCCCAGUUCGUCAUCGUGCAGCUCGAAGGAAUCCUUUAAUAUCGACGCUAUUACACCUGCACUUGCUUGCCUGAAUCUCUCACCCGCCAAAACAAUCGGUUCUAUGCGUAUCGCCAAUAGUGGUGGCAAUAAAUUCAUACCCGGCCAUCGUAAAUGUCGCAGUCUGGGCACUAAUAUUUUCGGAAAAAUAACACAUACACACAACGACAACGCAAACUAUGGCAAUCCAGCGUUAAUGUUCGGCUAUGGCGAUGAGCACCAUCAUCUGCACGACCACAGCGUAUUGAGUCAACAACAAGCGCGCCACCUACUCGAUGAUUCCGUAUUGGAGCAUAGUAGCAAUAUGUUAAGUAGCGGUGAUGCCACAUCGAAUGACAGCGUUGAAGGUGUACUUUGCCAUAAUAGCGAGCUGGAGCUAAUCUAUGCACCAACACCCGAUCCAGAGAACUGCAUACAGGGUUGUGUGCGACGUAAGACGGUGCAAAAGGAAGGACGCAAACCGGCAGUGGCUUCGUGGCAACGUUAUUGGCUGCAAAUCUGGGCCAAUUCACUGGUCUACUUUCCGCCCAAGUCCUUUAAGGGCAGCGAGCGUAGCGAUUUCAAGCGUGAACCAUGCAAAGUGUGUCCGCUAGACGGUUGGUUUGCACAAGUCGUCGAUAAUACGAAACAUAAAAACUCAUUUGAAUUAUAUCAUCGCACACUCGGCACGAUAUAUAAGUUUCGCACGGAUAGCGCGCAGGCGACACAACUGUGGACAACAACCAUUUGUAAGGUGGCCAUGCAGCGCAGUGCACCCAAGCCGUUGCCCAUCAAUUUAAUGUCAUUUGAGUGAAAGAAAUUGCAGCUUAGCUAUUUAAGUUUAUCAAUUAAGUACAUCGAUUUCUAGAGCGCUGCUUACAGAAUGGAUUUUUUACUGCUAUGCUUUUGUUGUGACCUGGCAUUUUAUACUCAAUGCGCGUGUUUAAUGUUUAUUGCUUUCAUUUACUUGUUCACAUUGAUAAUUCCACGUACAGGAAAUGCAAAA